UGUUUCUAUUGCUGUAAAAUGCUCGCACAUUUGUUAGUUUGGAAUGAAAGAGUUUUCCUAAUUUGCGCUGGGUCUGGAUUUUUAUUUUUGGGAAUGCGUAGUCACAAAUAGAAUGGGAGAAAGGACGAAUAUCUCUUUGAGCACAAUUUUUUUUUGUCCUUGCUGAUGCAUUCAUGUUGUUUGUGACCUACUGAAAGGCAUUUUUCCAAAGGGAGCGUUUGUAAUGAUAUCCUGAUCUUUUUGCUAUGGUUAUCGAAGUUACGAAAGAAAUCGAUGUUGUACGAAUCGGGAUAGACAGAUACUCCCUAAAAACCGGCUGUAAUUUUAAAACCAUCAUGGAUUUAAGUGUAAGAGUAAUGAAAGAACCCAGAGGAUUCAUCAGGGUUAUACAGUGUAUUAUGGCUAUUCUUGCCUUCUCUACUACUGCAGGAUUUUCUACUUCAUGCGAGUUUUCAAUAUCAUGUGGUGAUGGUAAAAUAGUCGAUGUGAAUUAUACAUUUGGUUAUCCAUUUGAAAAAUCAGAGCUGCUGGUUCCUGACACCUGUGCCUCAAAUGAACGACUGCCUUUAAAGCUGCCAUUUGACUACUCAACCAUUGCUGAGUUUUAUGUUACUACUGGAGUUUUAGCAUUCUUGUAUACUCUUGGUAUUUUAGUAGUAUACAUUUUUUUCCACCAGUCCUAUUCAGAAAACUCUAAACUUCCAGCUUUGGAUUUAUGUGCUACUGCAAUCUUUACCAUAUUUUGGAUGGCAGGAUCGAGUGCAUGGGCCCAAGGUGUGGUUGAUCUCAAAUACUACAUGGAUCCUGCUACUGUAAUCCAAUAUUUAUUUAUAUGUAUAAGGAACCAUUCUGAGAACAAUUGUAUGACAGAAGAUGAUGGCUCUUAUGGAACUCUCAAUGCAUCUCUAAUUCUUGGUUUUGCUAAUUUCCUGUUGUGGUUGGUGAGUUUAUGGUUUAUUUACAAGGAAACAGAUUUUCACAAAACUGACCUGCCUCAAGAUGCUCCUCAGAAUCAAAUACCCAAAAGUGUUGGAAGGCCAGUUGACAUCAGGAAAGUGUAAACUCAUUUUGUAAGAUGUGCGGUGAAUGUAUCUUAUUAACACUUAAGGAAGUGUUUAUUUCACAUAAUGUACAUUUUUUUUCUUCAUGAUUACAUAAAUUAUUCAUCUGUUUAUUAUUAAUCACCAAAGAAUGGAUUUUUUAGUGCUGCAGUAAUUUUUUUUUAAAAUAUGGGUACAGUUUAUUACAUGUAAAAUUUUAGAGCUGAUGCACUAUUAUCAACAUCUGAAGUCUUAAAAGAGAAAAAGUUCUGUAAGGGCAACUAAAAUAAAACUAAUUUAAUGAAGGAAAAUUAAAUGUUAUACGUCUUUUGUGAUUAAACAUUCAAUUUAAACUUCAUUGUUAACCAAAUUAAAUUUGAUACUUGUAAAUAAAGCAUUAAGCCCUAUUGUAGUACUCUUAAAAAAUAAUUAUUGCACAUAAAAAUUACAAAAAUGCAAUAAAAAGUUUGUCUAAACCAUUUCAAAUAUCACAGUAAUGCUGAUAAUUUCAACAUUUGUACAAAUACAGAGGCGGGAAAAGCAGUUUAAAGAAAAAUUUACUCAGUUUUGUCAGAAAAGUAUAAAUACCAACUUAGACUCUUCAUUUAAAAAUUGAUAUUUGUAAUUCCUAUUCAAUAAAGUUAUGAAAUGAUACUCAGUAAAUAGUUAGGUUUAGUGUAAAAUAUUUAUACAUGAAGUAAUGAAAUAAAUAAUUCAUGCAUAUUAGAGAUUUGCUUUUUUUUUUUUUUUAAGAUUGAGAAAGAAUUGGUAGUUAAAAGUUUAAUUUGACUUUAAAACUAGUUAGAGUAUGAAGAAAAAGUUUCUGCAAGUUUCAGAUCACUUUCCUAAUUAUAUACAAUUUUAAUUUUGCACCUUAAAAUCCAUUCUUUUUUUUUUUUAAACACUAUGUGUUAACCAUUGCUCAUUUUUACCAAAUUCUUCUAUCUUAAUUAAAUACUAUUCAUGUUAGCUAUAUUACUAAUCAAUUUUGAGUGAUUUAUUAUCCAGAUUUUAAGCACAAAAUCCCAAGUAUUUGUGGAUUAAAUUCCCCACCCUUCACUUCGAAUGUUAACAGAUUCAUCAGAAUUGACAUAUUAAAAUUCAGUAUUAUUUAAAAAUAAACUUAAAAAAUAUAUGCUCUUUGCAAUUAUUUUUUUCUUUCAGAAAAUGAAAAUAUAUCCGUAUAUUAUGGAAUAUUUAUAGCCCAUAUUAAGUUUAAUGUGCAAUUUUUAUGAGUUUAUAAUUCACCUGUAUUAACUUUAUAAUUUUUAACUAUUAACAUUUUGUUUAUAAGAAAGUAUGAUUAAAUAUAACAUUAGGAAAAGGCCUUAGACUGUCAGGAAAAGAAAAAUGAGUUAUUUAUACGCAUUAUAUUCGACUUUAUUUCACUGAUUUAACGUAAAUUUGAAGCAAGGCAUAAAAAUAUACAAUCUAGCAAUUUUUAUUUUUUAACAAAUAAAUUGAAAUCAUCAUAAAUUUUUUUGACUUUAAGUCUACCUCAUUUUCCAUCAAAAUCAAUUAUUUAAAAAUGCAUGUUUUGUUAUUGUAAUUUUGACCUGUGAUUAUGCAAAGAUUUAUCAUAUAACAUUAUUACACACUAGUCCUUUUUAUUAAUUAUUUGCACUGUUUAUUUAUGAGUUUUUAUUUAAAUAUAUUGGUGAUGGUACUUAAUCUUGUCAUAUUAAUAUUUUUGUUUGUUGAACUUGUACUUAAUAUUGAUUUAGGACGUUAAUAAUCUAGAACAAUUAUCCUUAAUAUUCAAUUGCAGCUAGCGAAACUAAUCAGGAUAACUGUAUAUAUUCUUUGUACUUAAAUAUUGUAAUGUUUUUGUCAGUUUGGAAAUUUCAAUGUGCCACUUAAAUUGUUAAGUCUGCUAUUUUAUUUUUAUGUUUUAAGAAAAUUUAUUGUUAGUCUUGCUUUUAAAAAUCUAUAAUUAAGCAAAUGGAAUGAACUGCAAUCGUUUAUCAGUGAAAUUCUUGUCUUUAAAGUGUGGUACUUAUUUAUAAUUCUAUAUUCUUAAAAUAGUACAGUAUUUUGAUUUCUAUUUCAAGAAUUUAGUGUUUAGAUACAUAGUGGGUAAUUUUUUCCAGUGAAAUUAAAUUAAUCAGAAAUGUUUUUAAUUUCCCUAACCACAAUACCUAUCAAAGUAUUUUACAAGCAUGUUUGAUUUGUUGUUUAUAUGUCCAAUUUAUUAUGCCCAAACACAAAAAUUUGUGAUUAUAUUCAUUAAUUUAAAAAAUAUUAAAGGCUUCAUUCCAGCAAAAACUGCUUAAUUUUUUUCUGUUAAGUCAAGACUAAAAUUUUUGAGCUUAUGUUUUGUAGUUAAAUAUAGCUAAGUUUUCCUUUUUUGUUAUGUUUGCAAAUGACACUGCCUUUAAUGUAAAUGAAAUUGUGUUUCUCCAGAUAUGGAAUGUUUUUUAAUUGUGAGUCAAAUAAAUUGGCCAGUAUGUUUGAUACUUAGUUUCUUCAUUGUUUGUUAUUUCAGUACAAAAUGUAUUAUUGACUUAAAAUCAUAUAGUAUUAAAAAAAAAAUUAUGGCAGUGAUUUAUGAUUCUUGAAAUAAAAUUUUUAUUUUGUAA